AUGGCGACAAAGCGCAUCGAGCAGUGGGAAGUUGAACGCUACUGGGAGAUUUUCGCCUCGCUUGCAAACGGCGGCACACAUCUCAAUGGUGCCCAGGCAGCCUCGGUCUUGAAGAACAGUCAACUGCGUGACGACCAGCUAGAACGAGUAUGGGAUCUCGCAGACGUCGAUGGUGAUGGCAGCCUGGACUUUGAGGAGUUCUGCGUCGCCAUGCGCCUGAUCUUUGAUCUGGUCAACGGUGUAAGCAGAUGCCGGCAUACACUCUUUUCCCCAGCACGACAACUAAUUGCUUUUCAGGAAUACAUGGACGUCCCGGCCACAUUGCCUGAUUGGCUUGUCCCCGAAAGCAAAGCACAUCUGAUCCAAGCUUCUCAGGCCAUCUCAGGUCGCCAAGCCCAGUUCGAGCAAGUCGAUGACCUAGAAGACGAUACCCCGGGACUUAAAGAUGGCUUCGACUGGUACAUGCCUCCGUCCGACCGCACAAAGUACGAGGAAAUCUACAGUGCAAACCGCGAUCCGCGCGAUGGCAGCAUCACCUUCGAAUCUCUCAACCCGCUCUAUGAAUCGCUAGAUGUGCCAGACACAGACAUGCGCAGUGCCUGGAAUCUUGUCAAUCCCCGUAGCGACCCAGCUAUUGGCAAAGAUCAAUGCCUUGUCUUCCUUCACAUGCUUGCCAACCGCCACGAAGGCUACCGUAUUCCUCGUUCCGUCCCUCCGAGUCUCCGCGCCACCUUCGAACAGGGCCGCAUUGAGUAUCAAGUCGACAAGGUACAAACCGCCGCCGAUCGCUGGGGCACCAAGCGUGAUGAUACCACCAUGAGCGGCAAGAAGCAGAAGUUUGGUGACGCAUACCUCAGUCGCUUGGGAGUUGGCGAUCGUGGUGCCUACAGACCAAAGGGUACCGAUUUCACCGCCACCCGCACCGAUGCUGAAUGGGAGGAGGUCCGCCUGAAGAAGCAACUCAAAGAGCUCGAGGAGNAAGAUGGAGAAGGUCGAAGAGCAAGCAAAAGGCGAAGGGAACGUGGCGGCAGGCGGGAUGAGAGCAAGCCUGCCUUGGUGAAGCGCGAGCUUGAGCAACUGCUUGAUUGGAAGCGUCGUGAGCUGCGCGACCUCGAAACAGGCGAGGGAAGAGCAAAGGUCGGCCAGGGUUUGAAGGGUCUCGGUGACGAGAUCUCAAUGGUCAAAGAGCAAGUCGAUGGUUUGGAAGCUCAUCUACGGAAGAGAGAGGAAGUGCUUAGUGAUCUGAGAAAGCAGAUUGAUGACGAGAAGGCGGCAAGAUGA